CCCCGGGACCCCCCGCCCCCGCCAUGGUCUGCGGAGGCUUCGCCUGCUCGCGCAACGCGCUCUGCGCUCUCAACGUGGUCUAUGUGCUGGUGGGGGUGCUUCUGGUGGGGGUCGCGGGCUGGGCGCGGGGCCUGGGCAUGGGCUCCAGCCCCCCCCUGCUCGGCGGAGCCUUCGCCGUCGGCGUCUUCCUCCUGCUGAUCGCGGGGCUGGGGCUGCUCGGGGCCCUGCGGCACCACCAGGUCCUGCUCUUCUUCUACGUGCUGAUCCUGGGCCUGGUGUUCCUGUGCCAGCUCGGCGUGUCCUGCGCCUGCCUCGCCCUGGGCCGGGAGGCUCAGGAGCGGCUGCUGCGCUCGGCCUGGCCCCUGCUGAGCGGGGGGGCGCGGGGGGAGCUGCAGCGCAGGCUGGGCUGUUGUGGUUUGGGGGAGCCCCCCGGGACCCCCCCUCCUGCCAGCCCCGCCCCCGGGAGCCCCCCCGGGCUGAAGCCCCCCUGGGAGCCCCCGAACUGCCCCGCUAGGUGCCAGUUCCCCCCGGGGGGAGUCCCCCCCUGCCCCCCCUGUGCCCCCCAACUGCUGCAGCACUCGGACCAGGCCCUCAAGAUUUUGGGGGGGGUCGGGCUGUUCUUCAGCUUCACCGAGGUUUUGGGGGUCUGGCUCGCCCUCCGCUUCCGGAACCAGCGGGACCCCCGCGCCAACCCCGGCGCCUUCCUAUAGUGGUGGGGUCCCCGGGGGGGCCACAGCUCCUCUGGGGAGGGGGCACAGCCUGGGGGGGCGUCCAGAACCCCCCAAAUGCUGAUCAGCUGCCCCCCGCAGCCGCAUGAAGCACUGGGGACACAAACACCCCCCAAAAUCAUGGGGUGACCCCCCCAGCAGGGCUGC